AUGAGUGAUACCAGGAUAGCAACGAAUGUUGCAGCAGCCAGGACGGACGACGAGCUACGCUCAUUGCUGCUGAAAGGAAAGGACAAGACGCACCCGGAGCACAAGUAUGUGGUGGCACAAGUGGACUCCAUGAAGGAUGCCCUGCAGGGCAUACGCUACACGCCCACAUUUGCGGUGUAUAGGAAGGGGCGCAAGGUAGAUCAGUUCUUUGGGCCGUCGCCGCAGCAGCUGCGCGAUCGAGUGUGGCUGCAAUCUGAUGAUCCACGCUGCGGCAGCGUGUGA